AGAGAGGGAAAGGUAUUUAUAGAAAAAUGGGGCUUUGCAGUACCUUUUCCUGCAAAGAACCAUUUCAUGAUCAGUGUGUCCCAGUUUCCUGAUCGUUGCUCAGCCAUAGGGUUUGGACUGGGGCUGGGGCUGAACCACCUCACCAGGCAUGGAGAGCCUGACUUUCAGAGGCUUUCCCCUCUCAUCCAACCUCCUCCUCAGCUACAGACUGCUGGUCCUAUGAUUGAGAACGGGGAGGUAUUGGCCUAUACAGAUGUGACCUUGUAGGUAUACUUCGUUUGCCGAGCUGGGUAGAGGCUUUUGGAGGCAGUGAGCUCAGGUGAGGAGCAGCACCAGGGUGUCUGAGGGCACUCUUGGGCUGCAGUGACCCCCGGGUGGGGGGUGAAGGGAGGCUGGCUGGAACGUGCCCUGCUGCAAGCAGGGCAAGGAUGAGGCGUUUCCUGAGCAGAAAAGGCCGUUUUUCCCUGCGUCAGAGCAAGUCCGGGACCCGGAGUGCCUCCAAAGAUUUCUACCUCGGUCUCCCAGCCACCAAUCAGAAUUGGCCAGAGGCAUUUGGCUUCCGGCUGGGUGGCACUGGACCCAGCUACAUCCUGUCCGUGGUGGAGGGUAGUAGUGCCUACCUGGCCGGCCUGCAGCCCGGGGACCAGGUGGUGGACAUUGAGGGCCAGGAUGUCACCAACCUCAGCACGCCAGCACUGAUUGCUCUGGCACAGACUCUCAAGACAGUACCGCCCAGCAUUGGAGUGGUGUCUCGGAUCGAACAGGUUGACAUCACCCCAGGCCCCGAUGGUCGUUUUGGCUUCACUAUUGUGGGAGACAGCCCUCUGAUGGUAGAGGACUGUGUGCCCAAUGGUCCAGCUGGUCGCAGUGGCCUCAAGGCCGGGGACUACGUCAUGGAGGUCAAUGGUAUCCCAGUGAAGCAUCACGAAACAGCAGCGGUCAUGAUCAAAGCAGCUCAGGGUCGACCUCUGCGUCUGGGCGUGCUUAGUAUGGCCCGGAGGCCCAAGCGGCUGAGCAGCAGCAUGAGAGUGCUGUCACAGAGCGGGGACAGUGUCCGGGAGAGUCGUGCCCAUAAGGCCAUGGAGUUCAAUAAGAAGGUGGAGGAAGUACUGGGAGAGGAGCCAGAUGUGAAGGAACAACUCUUUGAAGUGCUGAAGCAGUAUGCUGCUGAGAGGGAUGUGGAGAGUCUGGCUGAGGCCCUGCCUGAUAUCCUGAUCACGGAAGAGCAUCAACAGCUGAUUGACAGCGUCAGGAUCUUCAUUCCCAAGAAGCACCGGGAGCGUUUUGACGAGGUUGUUUCCCAGAGCCUUAUGAGCCGGCUCAAGGGGCGGAGCUUCAGUGACCCUAGCCGUAAUCGCCUUCGCCGCAGCCGUAGUGAGGAUCACCCCGAGCGCCUUCUGGUCUCCACCCGUGCCAGCUCAGUGCCACGCACCCACACAGAAGAGGGCAUGGUUCCCCCUGCCCGUGGCAUGCGCAAAACCACUUCACUCAUAGCCGGCCACUCCGGUGGCACAACUACCAACUGCAGGACAGUCCGGGUGUGCAAGGGCAACAUGAGUUUUGGCUUCACUCUCAGAGGCCAUGCUCCGGUGUGGAUCGACUCUGUCGUCCCUGGAAGCCCUGCAGACAAGGCAGGUCUAAAACAAGGAGACCGCAUCCUGUUUCUCAAUGGACUGGACAUGAGGACCUCCUCCCAUGAGAAGGUGGUGUCCAUGCUUCAGGGCAGUGGUGCCAUGCCCACUUUGGUAGUGGAGGAAGGUGCAUCUUCUUUCACCCUGGCAGAGCAAGACCUCGCAGGGAGCGGUGUCCCCACAGAACGAUGCAGAUCCCCCGUGCUCAGCUCCCUGCAGUGGGUGGCAGAGAUUCUGCCUCCCAGUAUCAGGGUUCAGGGGCGCACCUUUGGACAGCAGCUGGAGCACCUGCUAACCAUCCAGGAGAGGUACACCAUCUGCAAGGCUUUGGAGAACUUCUUCCAGCACAGGAAUGUUGACACACUGAUCGUGGAUGUGUUUCCGGUGCUGGACACUCCAGCCAAACAGGUGAUCUGGCAGUUUGUUUACCAGCUGCUGACAUAUGAGGAGCAAGAGCACUGCCAGAGCAAGAUCUCACGCUUUCUUGGAUACAAAGUACCAGUCCCACCACCACCACCUCCCCCUCCUCCAGAGCCUGAGGUUGCCCCUGAACCCCAUCGCCGUAGCAGCUCCAUGAGGGUAACGGGGACCACAUACAGGAGUAGUGUGAGGGGACGUAGCUCUGACGAUUUGGUCAUUGGCACACACUUGGGCAUGGGUACAGGCCUCCGUGUAGAGCCAGCGCUGGAGACAGGGAUGAGGCUGGUCCCAGGAGAGAGACAGUCAGGAGAUGGCACCUCCCUUCCUGAGACUCCUAAUAAUCUUGCCAAUCUGUCAGCAGUGUAUGCUGAACUGGAGAACAUGUAUUCAGCCAAGAGGUCCAAGUCUCUGAAGAGUCGUCCCCCUCCUGCCCCUGAGAGUUUGUUGGAUCUGGAACCUGCUUCAUGCACCUCCACCCCUACAAUACAUGCUAACACAGGUAGCCAUAAAGGCCCACCUACAUCUUGGACAGAGCCUCUCCCCAGCCCCCCUUCAGCUCAGUUCUACCCACCAGGGCUGACAAGCCAGACCAGUGGGGAGUCCAACCCCUAUAUCAGCUUGGACAGCCCCCCACCCUCACCUCCAGACCCUCCUGACUACCCAUCUAGCCCUCCAGCCCAAUACCUCAGCAAACGACGUUACACUUUUUCCAAACCACCACGCUCAGAAGACACAGAUCGCUUUUUGGAUGCACUGAGUGAGCAGCUGGGACAGAGGGUGGCCAUCAUGGAUGAUUUCCUGACUCCUGAGAAUGACUAUGAAGAGGAUGUUGUGCAGAUGGGCUUCCCAGAUGAGGAGGAUGAGGAUAAUGAAGAAGAGCUGGGGGUGGACGAAGAAGAAAAUGGAGGAUUUGUGGCCCCAGAGCUGAGCAGCCCAAGUGAUCUUCAAAGCAGCAGUGGAGAAGAGAAUGCCUCCUCCCUCACCUACUCCUCUUCCUCUGACCACAUCCCUCCUCCCCCCAUGACCCCUCCUCCACCCCCACCUGUUCAGUUCAAUGACCCACCUCCUCCCCCUCCAGCAGCAGAUGUUGUGCAGAUGGGCUUCCCAGAUGAGGAGGAUGAGGAUAAUGAAGAAGAGCUGGGGGUGGACGAAGAAGAAAAUGGAGGAUUUGUGGCCCCAGAGCUGAGCAGCCCAAGUGAUCUUCAAAGCAGCAGUGGAGAAGAGAAUGCCUCCUCCCUCACCUACUCCUCUUCCUCUGACCACAUCCCUCCUCCCCCCAUGACCCCUCCUCCACCCCCACCUGUUCAGUUCAAUGACCCACCUCCUCCCCCUCCAGCACCCGCACAAGCUCAGCCUCAGAGCCAACAGCAGCAACAGCUUAGCUACUCCCCUGAACACUCCCCAAGAUCCUAUGUGCCUGUCCGACGGAAAUCUGGUCCCCCUCCCCCACCUCCACCCCGCAACAAUCCACCACCUAAACGCCACUCUUUACAUAAAGUGCUGCCUACGAGAGAGGACCUCCAGGUCCGUGCUAACAUAGAAGAGCUAAAAGCCUACCAAGAAAAGCAAGUCUACCAGGAAAGACAAUCCAGUGAGGAGCAACAGGCAUAUAAAGAGAGGCAGGCAUAUGAAGAGCAGAAAGUCUCGGAAGAACAGCAACUGUUCCAAGAGCAGCAGCAGGCCUUCCAGGAACAACAGGCCUAUCAUGAGAAACUUGUCAAAGAGAGACAGGCCUAUGAGGAGCAAAAAACUUUUGAAGAGCAACAAAUGUACCAAGAGCAACAAGCUUACAAAGAAAGACAAGAGUACGAACAGCGUCAGACCUACCAGGAACAAAAACCAUAUGAACAGCGUCAAGCAUACAAUGAGCAAAAUGCAUUUGAGGAUCUGCAAGCCUAUGAGGAGCUUCAAGCCUAUGCAGAGCAACAGGUGUAUCAAGAACGGAUGCACCAGAUCUACCAGAGCCACCAUUCGAUGCCAACACAGCCAACACAGCAGAAAGUACACUCAGCACUUCCUCUUCAGCAGAUGCACCAGUCCUUACCCCCACUCCCUUCUUCAGACUCCAUCUAUCACCACAACCAUCCUCUCUAUGUGAUGCACCAAGCACAGCAGCAACAGGCCCACCAGAGUCAUCAUCACCGACGGCUGUCUCGCUCAGCCCCACCUCCACACCAACCAUCACCCCAACCCACAUCCCAUCCUAGCCAACAAGGUGCGUAUGCUGAAGGCAUCUAUCAAAGCCGUCAGGGCUUGAGACCUCAGCCCCACCAUUCUUCAGCAGAGAUGCUCCACCACAGGCACCAAGCCCCAGACCAUCAUUCCUCUGCCGAAAUGCUCCACCGGUUGCAGCAAUCCCAGGUCCACCGCUCAUCCGCUGAGAUGCUCCAGCAGAUGCAGCAAUCCCAGGCCCACCGCUCAUCCGCUGAGAUGCUCCAGCAGAUGCAGCAAUCCCAGGCCCACCGCUCAUCUGCUGAGAUGCUCCAGCAGAUGCAGCAAUCCCAGGCCCACCGCUCAUCCGCUGAGAUGCUCCAGCAGAUGCAACAAGUAUGUUCCCACUACUCAUCUUCAGAAAUGCUUAAUCAAAUACAAAAAUCCAAGGCCCAUCAUUCUUCAACAGACCUUUUACACCAAGCUCACGAAAUGCAGCAAAUAAAGCCUCACCACUCGUCAACAGAACUUCUCCAUCAAGCUCACCAGAUGCAACGGGGUCAACCGCACCAUUCAUCCACUGAGCUGCUCCAUCAAAUGCACAAACCUCAGGCACACCACUCCUCCACAGAGCUUCUGCAUCAAGCACAGCAGGAGCCUGCCUCCCUUUCAGUUCAGCAAAACCGGGACAGCCACUCCCAUCAGAGCCACAGAAGUCUUAAAGAGCAUCUUCAAACCCAAGUGUCACCUCAAGUGAGACAUCAAGAGCAGCAGAUCCAUCACCCACAGCCCACCAAACCAUCUCCCCAGAGACCCCACUCUAUCCAGCAAACCCACCGCCACUCCAGCACACCUCAGAUCCAUCACAUCCACCACAUGACACCACAGCCUCCUCUGCAGGACUACCAACACCAGAUUCAUGUCAUCCACCCUCCCCAGCAGCCCCACAAGCCCCAGCCCCUUCUCUCCACCUUUCAGCCCCUCCAGACGCACCAGCCCACCCUCUCCACUUUCCAGCCUCUGCCCCAACACCACCAGUUACAGCAUCAAGUCCAGUCCUCUACCCAAACUGCACGUCCUCAGUCCCAGCCCUCACAUCACCUGUUGCAGUCCCAGCACCAGCCACAACCCCAGUCAUCCUACCAUAAACAGCCACAUGGCCAGAAUCAGCCCCAGUCUCUCUCCCAAUCUUUGUCUGAUCCCUCAGAGUACCUAGAGCCCCCUCCUCCUCCACCCCUGCCCCCACCCUGCUCCCCUCCACCAUUGCCAAGGCCCACUCUGUCGAGGAUGGACUCCCACCACAUGAGUGUGAAGAGGCUGCGCUGGGAGCAGGUGGAAAAUUCAGAGGGAACAAUUUGGGGACAGUUGGGAGCAGAUUCUGACUAUGAUAAACUGCAUGACAUGGUGAAGUAUCUGGAUCUGGAGCUGCACUUUGGGACACAGAAGAGUUCCACACCUGCUCCAGAGCCAUCCUCCCAGCUAGAGGCCUUCAAGAAGAAAGAUGUGAUAGAAAUUCUGUCCCAUAAGAAGGCCUACAAUGCUUCCAUCCUGAUAGCCCACCUGAAGCUGUCUCCUGGGGAGCUGCGUCAGGUGCUGAUGAACAUGGCCACUGAUAGACUGGAGCCAGCUCACAUCAAACAGCUGCUGCUGUAUGCCCCCGAUGCUGAGGAGGUCAAAAAGUAUGAAGAGUACAGACAAGACUGCAGCAAGCUCAGUGAGCCUGACCAGUUUGUGUUGCAGAUGAUAUCGGUACCAGAAUACAAGAUGCGCCUGCAGAGCCUCCUCUUCAAGGGUUCUCUACAGGAGAAGACAGAGGAGCUGAAGGCAGCCUAUGAUUGUAUCUACAAGGCCUCCAUAGAGCUCAGGACCAGCAAGAAGCUGGCUAAGAUACUAGAGUUUGUGUUGGCGAUGGGAAACUACUUGAAUAACACCCAGCCUCAAAUCGGCAAGACUACUGGCUUCAAGAUCAACUUCCUUACAGAGCUGAGCGCAACUAAAACGGUAGAUGGAAAGUCAACAUUUCUGCAUAUUCUGGUGAAGUCACUAUGUCAACACUUUCCUGACGUGUUGGAUUUUUCCAAAGAUCUUUCCACGGUUUCUCCUGCAGCCAAAGUCAACCAGAGGACAAUCACAUCAGACCUGAAUGACCUUCAUACAACCAUUCAGGACAUUCGCUCAGCCUGCCAAAAGAUGCCUGCGACUGCUGAGGACCGUUUUGCUGUUGUCAUGAGUAACUUCCUAGAAAACAGUCACCCAGCAGUCCAGUCUCUGGAGUCCCUGCAACAAAGAGCAACGGAAGAAUUCAGCAGAACUGCCACUUACUUUGGAGAAGACAGCAAAGCCACAAACAAUGAGGCCUUUUUUGGCAUCUUUGCUGAAUUCAUGAGCAAGUUUGAGAGAGCUCUCAGUGAGAAUCAGGCUGUAGAAACCGUGAAGAGCCCCAGGAGUCCACGAAUGGCCUCCCCACUAGCCUGGUAACACAUACACACACACACCUGAAGUUGACCACACUGUAUAUAUACACAUCCACAGACAUUCUGUGUGCAGAUAGUGUAUAUACAUGGAUUCAUAUUCACAAAUGCCCACAGAUCAUUCAAUGUGUAUUUUUGAGCAAAAAAAAAGUCUAUGUAUUUGUGUAUGUGUUUUUGUUUCAUCUCAAAGGAGAUGCAAUCAAAGAUGUGUAAUUUUGCAUUAUACCAGUGGUGUAGUGGUGUAAUGAUGUAACAUCCUUUCAUAAUAAACCUAGGUUUUUGUUGAAGUCUAAAGCUUUAAUGGCAGAAACUGCUGCACAGAACACAGUAUUGGCUGUCAUGGUAUCAAAGUUUUCUUCCUUUAAACCCAAGUUAGGUCGCCUCUGUAACUGUAGUAUAAUAAUAAUAAAAUCAUACAUAGAUUUACAAAAACAAAUGUUAUCCUGAAAUCGAUGUGUAGCAGUUUUCCUACUAGGUGGCAUGUUCUGUAUUUUUGUAAGCUGCCCACCACACUGAAUGUAAAAGACGUUUGCUACUGAUUGUCAAUAAUUUUCUUAAGUAAAUACUCGGACAUUAGCUGUCCUGAUGAUGGAUUGUUUCAUUUAAUGUGUCAUUUAUACUUCCAUUUUAAUGGAAUUUCUUAUCAUAUCAAUUGUAGCUUUAUGAACUUUCCUUUCCUAAAUGGUAUCGCUCUUGUAUCAUACUAACUUCUACCAAACCUGUACAUAUGAAACUAUGUCACUGGGAACUUGGCACUUGCUAGGUGUUUUUUUUUAAAGGACAGUUUUAACUGUGGCUCAAGUCAGUAAAAUAUUGAAGUGUGAAUCUGUGGCGGUCACAGUGGGCAGUGUGCAAUAUGUGAAUGUUUAGCUAUAUACCAUUUAUACACAUUAAGCUCUAACAGAGACGUGUUGGGACUUUACAGAAAGAGAGCGACUGUAAUGGCAAUAUAUGAGGUACUUUGUUACUUUCAUGUUUCACCCAGAAAGUUCUUUGAUUGAUUUUGUUAUUCGUACUGAGCAGGACUGUUUGGACCACGAUGUUAACUUUAGUGUAGCAGAGGCAGCAUUUGACAUAAUUAAGAACUAACAAUACAUCAUAUCAGAUUCUCAGAUAUACCAGUACUUUGUAAAAACCUUAAGCUUCAAGUGAUAUGUUUAAAUGUGCAGCUAGUAAAAGCUUUGUUUUCUAAUGGUACAAUAUAAGUUGUUUCUUUUUCUGUUUAAAUUACAGAAUGUAAACCUCUAAAACAUUGCUGUCUGUUUAAGGCCUAUGAAGUGUUAAGUCUGUAUUUUGUAUGGUAUCCUACCCCUAUAAAGAGUCAUAUGAAAUCUCUCAUUGCCUUCCUGACUGUGUUCAAGAUUUCUCUAGUGGUGUGCUCAUGAAGGUGGGUCGUCUUACAAAGAAAUUAUACUGUAUGCAUGGGUGUAUUAUUGCCAGUACACAGGGAAUUGCAUCAAGGUCUCAUACACGGCUUUACAAUUCCUGCAACCGCUGUUUUUACGACUUGCUUAUUACAGCUGACAUGCCUGGUAUUGCUUCAAUCAGUUUAUCUGCUGCAGCAGAAUGACUAUCGGCCUCCCACUUACUUUGUUUUAAUAUAAUAAUGUCACUGUCCACCUCUUCUUUUGUCGUAUUAGGGAAAAAUGUAACUUAUUCAGCAAUCGAUUUAACUUUUCCAUUGGUAACAGGAGGUGUUGUGCAAACACCACUUUGUGAAGAGUAACAAAUCACUUACAUUUUAACUAAUCCUUUUACUACACAAUGUGAAAGUGGAGUUUGAUCUCUUGGCAAGUCGACGAAGCUGCAAAGCAGACACAAGUAAUUCAGGUAAUUUCUGACAUGCAGUGUUGUCCAAGCCAGACAACACAGCUCAAGACAGUCCGGCUGGAGUGGUACACAGUGUGACCGCUUACUGAAAGGUGAGUUUAAUUUACUAGAUAACUGUCCAGCACACAGCUAGUAAGAAUGAGCUGUAGCUUUCAGUGCUAUUAGAAUUACCGUAAAAUAUCAGCCAUUUUAUCAUUUAAAUGUGACUCAGUAAAGUUUAUUUUUAUGCCACCUUUUAAGAGCAAGUGUCACAAAGUGCUUCUCAAGUCAGUUGUGUUAA